GCAGCAGCAGUAGCUAUCCAGUUUCAACUUUCCAAGCACAUAAGCCGCAUACCUAGUAGCUUGUGUAGCCGACCCAAAAUAAAGCCGACUGAAAAUGUCGUGCUUAACAGAACACUGUAAAGCUGCACACUUCUCUUCUCUCUGCUCAUAUAUCUCUCAGAACUCCCUUCAGUGUCCUUCAGAUUCUCUCUCUCUCUCCAUAAAAACCCCAUCUUUGCCUUUGCCACAGCAAUCAAACCAUACCCAUUUUCACAUUCUUGAAUCUUGUUUCUCUCCUUUGUCGAACUUACAAUUCUUGUUAAUUUCUUGAACAUCCACGACCAAAAGGAUCAGGAAAGCUUUCUUUUUUCUUUUCUUUUUCUUUUUUUCUUUCUUUCAAUCUUUGUUAAUUUUACCCCACCUCGGAAUAUAUCACAAAAUGCCAUCAGAUACUUGUUCUACUGAAACUAAAAGAUUAACCAAACCCCACAACAACGUCCCUGGAGCUCCACCGCCAGAGCACGAACACCUCCCUUGUCCGCGUUGUGACUCUACCAAUACCAAGUUCUGCUAUUACAAUAACUAUAACUUCUCUCAGCCACGUCAUUUUUGCAAGUCUUGCCGCCGUUACUGGACCCAUGGUGGCACUCUCCGUGACAUCCCUAUUGGCGGCGGCACCCGCAAGAAUGCUAAACGGUCACGUACUUCUUCUGCUGUGGUUGGUCCUAUCACAUCCAACCCAGUUGAUCAUAAUCUCCCAUUAUCCGCCACCCCUGUGCUGGUGCCUCUCAUGGCUAACCAAGGGCAGUUUAUUGACGGGAAGGGUAAUGGGAAUAACACUACUGCUAAUUCUACCGUUUGUGGUAGUUUUACUUCUUUGUUGAAUACUCAAGGUCCUGGCUUUUUGGCACUAGGAGGGUUUGGUCUUGGUCUUGGGACUGGUUUUGAAGAUGUGGGUUUUGGUCUUGGAAGAGGGGUUUGGCCUUUUCCUGGAGUUGGAGAUGGUGGUGCUAGUCUUGGUGGUGGUCAUGGUGGUAGUGUUGGUGGUGGUGCUGUUACAGGAAUGAGUAACACAUGGCAUUUUGAAGGUGGUGCUGAAAAUGGAUUUGUUGGUGCUGGUGAUUGCUUUUCUUGGCCUGAUCUAGCUAUUUCAACUCCUGGAAAUGGUCUUAAAUGAUAUGUUAAUGUUCUUUCUUUUAAUAGUUAAUUUCUUCUUAUUCUCUUAUGGGUUUUUUUCAUCCUUUUUCUAGGGAAAGAAAACCCUUGGUUUGGGGGGUUUAGUUGAUUACUACUUAAUAGUUUUAAGUGUUGAGAUGAUAUUUAGGUUUGAAAUUAGAAAGAAAAAUGUGACCUUUUUCUUUUCCUUUCUUCUUUUUUUUUUCUUCCCCCUCUUUUUGACUCUCUAUGCCAUGUGAAAGUGAUUUUGUUAGCUUAUGUACCUUCUUUUUGUGUAGUUGACAUGGUACCAUCUUUAGCUAUACAUACUCCUGAUGAUCAUCAAA